AUGGGCAACUCAUCGAGUACACCCAAGAUAUCUGCCCAGGAUAGGUCAGCCAUCAUGUCCCUGUCCGCCGUCGCCAUCACCCCUCUGACACCCACACANAGGGCGAUUCUUGACAUGAAGAACCAGCGCGAUAAGCUACACCAAUACCAGAAGCGCAUCACCAUCAUCACCAACAGAGAGAAAGAGAUAGCCAAGGAAUGCUUGCGGAAUGGUGACAAGAGACGCGCUUUGCUCGCAUUACGGAAGAAGAAGUACCAAGAGUCAUUACUCGCCAAAACCGAUCAGCAAUUGGCCCAACUCGAGACCCUCACGAGCGACGUCGAAUUUGCCCUUGUACAGAAAGAUGUCGUCUUUGGCUUGCAGCAAGGCACGAAAGAGAUUAACGAGAUGCUCGGUACGAGGAUGACCAACCAAGAGGAAGAUGAAGUCGAGGAUGAGCUCGAGGCUCUAGCGGCAGAAGCAAACAGGCAUAAAAUGCCGAGCACAGUCGAAGAGGGAGUCAUCGAACCCAUGCCAAAUGCACCUACAGACGCGCCCAAAGAAACGGCAAAAGAACGAGCGGCAAGGAGAGCAAGAGAACGAGAGAUGGACAAUGGUGCCGAGCCUAUACUUGCAUGA